CAAGGGCAAAAGCAAUACAGAGGAUCAUUCGCAGGGAAGGCUGGGAUCACGCGGACUACAGUAUGGCGGAAUACCUGAACGACGAAAUGUCGCCGUACUUUUUGCAUAUGUCUAUGUUUGUUACCACCGUCCGCGAACAAGCUUCAGAGGAACAGCAAGCCUACUGGAUGCCUAAGAUCCUCAACUACGAUAUCAUUGGCUGCUAUGCGCAGACUGAACUCGGUCAUGGAAGCAAUGUGCGUGGACUGGAGACCACAGCGACAUGGGAUCCCAAGAGCAAAGAGUUUGAGAUUCACAGCCCCUACCUGACCGCAAGUAAAUGGUGGAACGGCUCCAUGGGUCGAACAGCCACACAUGCGAUCGUCAUCGCACAGUUACUUUUGCCGACCAAAGACAACCCGACCGCCUACACUUCCCACGGCCCGCAAACAUUCUUGCUGCAGAUUCGGGACGCAAAGACUCACCAACCGCUCCCAGGCAUAGCCGUAGGUGAUAUCGGCCCGAAAUAUGGCUAUGCGUCCAUGGACAACGGGUACAUGCUGUUUGAUCAUCACCGCGUCCCGAAAUCAGCAAUGUUAUCGCGUUACGCAGAGGUGUCUGACGAAGUCGGGACAUUCACACGGCGCGGUCAUCCGGCUGUUGUCUACGGAUCCCUGACCUUCGUUCGUGGGCAAAUCAUCAUGCAUGCACGUCUUGUGCUGGCGCGCGCCGUGACAGUUGCAGUGAGGUACUGCAGCAUUCGUCGCCAAUUCUCUGACCGCGACGCCAAGUCACAUGAUGCUCCCGAGAUGAAGGUCCUUGACUACCCAACAGUACAAAUUCGUAUUCUUCCCCUACUUGCCACGACUUUUGCCCUGCACUACACAGGAGAGUAUUUUUACAAACUGUACCACGAGUCUCGCUCAACAAUCGAGAAAGGCGACUUUGGGCCUUUGGCAGAACUUCACAGCAUCUCCUCGGGUCUGAAGUCACUAUGCACAACACUCGCAGCAGAUGGCAUCGAGACCUGCCGGCGAGCAAUGGGUGGCCACGGCUUUGGGGGUGGCAGCGGUCUCAUAGGGUUGAAUUCCGACUACCUCUCGAAGCCAACCGUAGAAGGAGACAACUGGAUGAUCACACAGCAGGUCGCAGCUUACCUGAUCAAGAUGAUGCAACACUGUGUAGAGAACCCCGACGCUCCUUCUAAGGACUCGACAGAUGAGCUUUUCAAGCACUAUCUGGAGAAUAAGGACCACAGGAUCCCAGAAUCGUAUCUCAAUACCAGUUCUGGAGGUAUUGAUGAUACGAGCAUCGUCUCAAUCUUCCAGUGGCGUGCUGCUGCUCUCAGCUACGCCGCUUACCAGCACCGCGUUGUGCAGAAGAAACCUUGGACAAAGAUGAUGAUCCAAUUACACGCCCUUUCUCGCGCGUACUCUGAGCAAAUCUUGGUAACCAAUUUUCACAAUGCGCUCACGUCUGCCGCGCAAACACCACUGUCAAGUCCUACUCCGGAAGUACUCAGGAUCUGCUUCCGUCUCUUCGCUCUACAUACAAUGGAGCAAUCUUCCACCUCUUUCAUUCUCACCACAUCCAUCUCACAUUCUUCCCUCUCUACGCUCCCCGACUACAUCCUGACCCUGAUGACGCAACUUCGCCCGCACGCUGUCAAGUUUGUGGAUACAUGGUCGAUACCUGAUUUCCUGCUUGACUCAGCAUUGGGCAGAUAUGACGGGAAAGUAUACGAGGAGUUGUUUGACAUGGCACAUCGCAAGAACCCGCUCAACAAGGUGUUGUUCAAUCCAGAUUACAGGAGUGAGGAGAUUGUGCUGGGGAGUGGAGAUGGUGGACGGUAUCUGCUUGCGAAAUUAUAGAAGAGGGAGGGCCUUACAACUUUGACAAAGCCAUGAUGUAUCACUCCUUAAUUGCUAUGAAGACCUUUCUUAGCAAUCCGAAAGCACUUCGUACGCUUAAAUACACGAAACUAUCAUAGCCAUAAAAGUUACCAC